UCUAGGAACCCAAAUUAAUUUAGCCCUCUCAUCGCCGACCAGUUGCUUUCUCCUCUACGAUCCCAGCCUUCUUCUGAUCGAGAUUCUCUCCCAAACCCUAACCGUAACCGAGCGAUCAUGAGCUUGGAGCCCUUCAAUAGGCUUGUGAGGCUCGCUGCUCGAGCAUUCUAUGACGACAUCACAUUGAAGGGCGAUAACCAGCAAAAGGUGGGGAGAGGGGAUAACAGAGGGAUGGCUGUGGUCGUCCUCGAUGCUCUCACUAGGCGCCAAUGGGUCAGGGAGGAAGACUUAGCCAAGGCUUUGAAGUUACACUCAAAACAACUUCGUCGUACUUUAAGAUUUUUUGAAGAAGAGAAACUAGUCACAAGAGAUCAUCGGAAGGAGAGCGCCAAAGGUGCAAAGGUAUUCACUGCAGCAGUUGCUAUUGCUGAUGGUAAACAAUUCACUAAAGAGGGUGAAGAGAAAAUGAAAAUGCAUACCCAUUCUUAUUGCUGCUUGGAUUAUGCACAGAUAUACGAUGUUGUCAGGUAUAGAAUACAAGNAAAUUACAUAUGCCCAAACUGUGGGAGGAGAUUUUCAGCUUUUGAUGCACCUCAACUUAUGAGCCCAAAUGAUGAAUAUUUUCACUGUGAGAAUUGCAAUGGUGAACUUGUUGCUGAGAGUGACAAGCUUGCUGCUGAAGAAAUGGGAGAAGGGGAUGACAAUGCUAGAAGGAGGCGGCGAGAAAAGUUGAAGGACAUGCUUCAGAAAAUGGAGGAGCAACUGAAGCCUUUGACAUUGCAGCUUGGAAGAGUAAAAGAUUUAUCAAUACCUGAAUUUGGUACUCUUCAAGCUUGGGAAGCUAGAGCGAAUGCAGCUGCUCGUGUCAAUGGGGAUCCCAAUGCAAAUGAUGCCUCAAAAUCUCAAGCACAAGGCUAUGGUGGAACACCCAUGCCUUUCCUUGGUGAGACAAAGGUUGAAGUUGCUCUUGCUGGCGUUGAAGCUAAAGAAGCGAGCACUGAAACUGCGACGAAGUCUACAACCAUGAAAGUUUUACCUCCAUGGAUGAUCAAACAAGGAAUGAAUCUUACUAAAGAACAACGCGGAGAGGUCAAGACUGAGUUGAACAUUGAUCAAAUGUCACAACCUGCUGACGAGAAGAAGCCAAAAGCUGAAUCUGAAGAUGAAAAGAGCUUCCAGGAUGAGUAUGUCAAAGCUUAUUAUGCUGCUUAUGCUGCUUUAGUGAAGAAACAGGAAGAACAAGCAACAGCAUCCAAUAGAAUGGAGAAGGCAGAAAACGAUGGGGCAUCCACAUCUGAAGCAGUAUCUGAGCGCCAAAUUGGUAUGAAAUCAAAGCGGGAGGAUGAUGAAAAUGAUGUUGAAUGGGAAGAGAGUCCAUCUGCAGGUAAAACAUUGAAGGUGGACUUGAAUGUCCAAGCAGAUGAUGCUGAUGCAUCUGGUGGGGAUGAAGAUGAUGAUGAUGGCAUAGACUGGGAGGAAGGCUGAUUCUUGUAACUGACUCAUCGGAUAAUUUAGCCGGUUGCAGGAGUUCUGAGCGAAGAUUUUUUCGCAGCUAUCUGUUUCUGCAUUGAAAUUUCCUAGUAUUAUUGAAGCCUCAUAGGCCCCCAACUAUGAGCAGGGAGUGCUGCCUGACUUUUUUAGUCCAAUGUGUAACUGGGGCACUUUUUUUUUGCUUCUAUGUAUGAACACUAGGGAAGCAUGUACCACAAGUGAUCCUAACAUGGAGGACUGCAGUUCAAAGAUCAUGAAAUAGUAAAUUAUGAAAACUUAAAGUAGAUAUUGACUAUUUUCUCUCAA